GACCCACGAGACAGUGGGAGACGCCGACGUGCGAGACGACCUCUUAUCCCAUAACGAAUUCUUUCUCCUCAACGACGACCACGUCGCCCUCCUCUAAUUCUCCCCUUCCGAGUCCGUAGACCUUACGACGGUCCAUUCUCGCUAACUAGACCCAACACGAGCUUGUUGCUGGUCGUUUCGCUCUUUUCAAACCACUCUCUUCAAGAACCUAGAUCUCUUUUCAGCGCACUUUCUCUAGAUUCUUGCUAGAUGGCUGGCCGUCCUGGUUACGGACAGCCAGAUUCUCGCAAUCCAUUUGCGACUACUUCACCUUAUUCCCAACCUUUGCGUCAGUACUCUGUCGAUUCCAUCUCUAGCGAUCAGUAUUCCAGCCGGAAUGCAAGCAGCGUUCCGCUCACUGGCCAGUAUUCCGACCAGUAUACACCUUAUUCUGCGCCCAGUUCCGAAGAUGCUCAUGACUCUCGUCACUACAGUGCUUCUGUGGACUCACACAUGAGCACAAGCACUGCGCCGACCUACAACCCCUUCGCAGAUAUUCCGGGUUCCAGAGAGCCGUACCCUGCUUGGUCUGCUGAUCGCCAGAUCCCUAUGUCCACUGAAGAGAUUGAGGAUAUAUUUCUGGACCUUACGCACAAGUUUGGCUUUCAAAAGGACUCUAUGCGGAACAUGUUCGAUUUCCUCAUGCAAGCGUUGGAUUCUCGGGCAUCUCGCAUGUCUCCUAACCAGGCUCUGCUGACUCUUCACGCCGAUUACAUUGGUGGUCAGCACGCGAAUUAUCGCAAGUGGUACUUUGCGGCUCAACUGAAUCUGGAUGACGCUGUUGGUCAAUCCCAAAACCCGGGCCUACAGCGUCUUCGAAGCGUCAAGGGCAAUGUCAAGACUGCCAGUACAAAGUCACUAGACAGUGCACUUAAUCGAUGGCGUAACGCCAUGAACAACAUGAGCCAGUAUGACCGGCUCCGUCAGGUUGCUCUUUGGUUGCUUUGCUGGGGCGAGGCGGGCAAUGUCAGGUUUACGCCGGAGUGUCUUUGCUUCAUCUUUAAAUGUGCGGAUGACUAUUACCGUAGUCCCGAGUGUCAAAACAGUGUUGAUCCUGUUAGGGAGGGCCUCUACCUUGACACUGUCAUCAAACCUUUGUACCGAUUCAUGCGGGAUCAGGGAUAUGAGGUUGUGGAAGGCAAGUUUGUCCGAAAGGAAAAGGACCACGACGAAAUCAUUGGUUACGAUGAUAUCAACCAGCUGUUCUGGUAUCCCGAGGGUAUCGCCAAGAUCGUCAUGCAGGAUGGCAGGCGUCUUGUCGACUCGCCUCCGCCACAACGGUACCCGCAGUUCGGUCGAAUCGAUUGGAACAAGGUCUUUUUCAAGACAUAUUUUGAAAGGCGUUCCACCGCCCAUCUUCUCGUUAACUUCAAUCGCAUUUGGAUUCUCCAUAUAGCAGUCUUCUGGUUCUACACUGCAUUCAACUCGCCGAAGGUAUAUGCACCCAAGAACAAGCAAUUCCCGUCUGCACCAAUGACUUGGUCUGCAACUGCUUUGGGAGGCGCAGUGUCGACCCUUAUUAUGAUCGCGGCCACAAUCGCAGAAUUCUCAUACAUCCCCACUACCUGGAACAACGCUUCGCACUUGACUACUCGCCUGAUCUUCCUUCUCGUCGUCCUGGCAUUGACAGGCGGUCCAACGUUUUAUAUUGCUAUAGUGGAUGAUCGCCCCGCUCCUUCCAAUAUACCCCUGAUCAUCAGCAUUGUCCAGUUCUUCAUCUCUGUAGUGGCCACACUUACCUUCGGAUUACUUCCGUCCGGGCGUAUGUUCGGCGACCGUGUCGCAGGCAAAGCGCGGAAAUAUAUGGCGUCUCAGACUUUCACUGCGUCUUACCCUACCCUUGGGCGCGGUCCCCGCACUGCAUCUAUCUCCCUCUGGAUUCUCAUCUUUGGCUGCAAAUUUGCGGAGUCCUACUUCUUCCUCACGUCGUCCUUCAGCAGCCCAAUUGCUGUCAUGGCGCGAACGAAGGUUCAGGGUUGCAACGACAGGUUCUUUGGGAAUGCGCUGUGUCAAAAUCAGGUCCCCUUCGCACUCACCAUCAUGUAUAUCAUGGACUUGAUUUUGUUCUUCUUGGACACGUACCUGUGGUACAUCAUUUGGGUGGUUGUUUUCAGUAUUGGUCGCUCGUUCUCCUUGGGGUUGUCAAUCUGGACUCCGUGGAGUGAGGUAUUCACGCGUUUGCCAAAGCGUAUCUACGCUAAGAUGUUGGCCACGGCUGAGAUGGAAGUGAAGUACAAGCCCAAGGUUCUUGUCUCUCAAGUCUGGAACGCUAUCAUUAUUUCCAUGUAUCGCGAACAUCUGCUCUCCAUUGACCAUGUUCAACGUCUUCUCUACCAUCAGACGGAUGGCGCUGACGGUCACCGUACUCUUCGGGCUCCUCCCUUCUUCACUAAUAACAAGGGCAACAGCGGCGAUUUCUUCCCACCGGGUGGUGAAGCUGAACGCCGUAUUUCUUUCUUUGCCUCGUCGCUCACCACGGCUAUACCUGAACCUCUGCCCGUCGAUGCCAUGCCCACGUUCACCGUAUUGGUUCCUCACUAUUCGGAGAAAAUUCUUCUUAGCUUGCGGGAGAUCAUCAAGGAGGAGGACCAGAACACUCGUGUGACACUCCUUGAAUAUCUCAAGCAACUUCAUUCCGUGGAAUGGGAUAACUUCGUCAAGGAUACCAAGAUUCUCGCGGAGGAGUCGGCUCACUUUGAUGGUACAAGCAGCACGAACGAGAAAACCAGCCGAGUCGAUGAUCUACCUUUCUAUUGCAUCGGUUUCAAGACUUCCGCUCCCGAAUAUACCUUGCGGACCAGAAUUUGGGCAUCUCUUCGUGCUCAGACCUUGUAUCGCACGGUUUCUGGUAUGAUGAACUAUGCGAAAGCGAUCAAGCUUCUUUAUCGUGUGGAGAAUCCCCAGAUUGUUCAAAGGUUUGCCGGCAACACAGACCGUCUAGAACGCGAACUGGAGCGAAUGGCUCGUCGUAAAUUCAAAUUCGCGGUAUCGAUGCAGCGCUUUGCUAAAUUCAACAAGGAAGAGCAGGAGAACGCUGAAUUCCUUCUUCGCGCUUACCCGGAACUACAGAUCGCGUACCUUGACGAGGAAGCUGGCGUGAAGGGUAGCGAGCCUCGUCUCUUCUCCGCGCUCAUCGACGGUCAUUCAGAGAUAGAUCCUCAGACAGGGAAGCGCAAGCCCAAGUUCCGUGUGGAACUUCCCGGUAAUCCUAUCCUAGGAGACGGCAAGUCGGACAACCAGAACCACGCGAUCAUCUUCUACCGCGGAGAGUACUUGCAGCUCAUCGAUGCCAAUCAGGACAAUUAUCUGGAGGAAUGUUUGAAGAUCAGGAACAUCCUUGGCGAGUUUGAGGAGUAUUCUAUCUCCAGCCAGAGCCCUUAUGCUCAGUGGGGCCACAAAGAGUUCACCAAACAUCCCGUGGCUAUUGUUGGCACUCGCGAGUAUAUUUUCUCAGAAAAUAUUGGUGUCCUUGGCGAUAUCGCCGCUGGAAAGGAACAGACGUUCGGUACCAUGACUCCUCGUACGCUUGCAUGGAUCGGAGCGAAACUCCAUUAUGGUCACCCCGAUUUCCUGAAUGCGACAUUCAUGAGCACCCGUGGCGGUGUUUCGAAAGCACAGAAGGGUCUUCACUUGAAUGAGGAUAUCUUUGCUGGUAUGAACGCCAUGGGACGCGGAGGACGCAUCAAGCAUGCUGAAUAUUACCAGUGUGGAAAGGGUCGUGAUCUUGGCUUCGGGACCAUUCUCAAUUUCCAGACGAAGCUAGGAACUGGAAUGGGCGAGCAAAUGCUCAGUCGCGAGUACUACUACCUUGGAACGCAAUUACCCAUCGAUCGAUUCUUGGCAUUCUACUAUGGCCAUCCCGGUUUCCACAUCAAUAACAUUCUCGUUAUCUACUCGAUUCAAGUCUUCAUGGUCACAUUGCUAUACAUCGGUACCCUCAAUAAGCAGUUGGCCAUUUGUAAGGUGGAUUCUCAGAGCAAUGUUCUUGCCGGGCAGCCUGGAUGCUACAACCUAAUCCCCGUAUUUGAUUGGAUUAAACGAUGCAUCAUGUCGAUCUUCUUGGUCUUCUUCAUCGCGUUCUUACCGUUGUUCUUACAAGAGCUGCUUGAGCGUGGAACUGGCAAGGCCCUCAUUCGUUUAGGAAAACACUUCCUGUCAUUGUCGCCCAUCUUCGAAGUCUUCUCUACUCAGAUCUACUCUCAAUCCAUCUUGAGUAACUUGACCUUUGGUGGCGCUCGUUACAUCGCCACAGGACGUGGUUUCGCCAACACCAGAAUAUCCUUCACGAUCCUCUACUCUCGCUUCGCCGGUCCCAGCAUAUACAUGGGCAUGCGGAAUCUUAUGCUUCUUCUGUAUGCUACCAUGGCGAUCUGGACGCCCUACCUGAUCUACUUCUGGUUCUCCGUCUUGUCUCUUUGCAUAGCGCCAUUCGUGUUCAAUCCUCACCAGUUCUCCUUCCCGGACUUUAUCAUCGACUACAGAGAGUUCCUGCGAUGGAUGUCGCGUGGCAACUCGAAGACGACGUCAAGCAGUUGGUACGGCUACUGCCGUCUCUCUCGAACUAUGAUCACUGGCUACAAGAAGAAGAAGCUGGGUCACCCGUCGGAGAAGCUAUCAGGAGAUGUACCACGAGCAUCAUGGAAAGCGGUCAUUUUCUCCGAGAUCGUCUGGCCUAUCUGCUCUGCCACCAUUUUCAUUGUAGCUUACAUGUUCGUCAAGUCGUUCCCCGAUAGGGACGGUCGCCAAAACCCCAGCCCGUUGAUUCGCAUUGCUGUCAUCGCUGUGGGUCCCGUCGCUUGGAAUGCUGCAAUCUUACUGGGACUUUUCUUCAUCUCCCUGUUCAUUGGUCCCAUGCUUGACUCGUGGAAGAAGUUCCCAGCUGUCAUGGCCUCCCUUGCACACUUCCUCUGUCUGAUUGGGUUGCUCGUUUUCUUCGAAUUCUUCUGGUUCUUGGAACUAUGGGAUGCCUCGCAUGCCGUUCUUGGAGUGAUUUCUAUCAUCGCUAUUCAGCGAGCCAUCCAGAAGAUCUUGAUUGCCGUCUUCCUCACUCGUGAAUAUAAGCAUGACGAGACGAACCGUGCGUGGUGGUCUGGCAAGUGGUACGGACGUGGAUUGGGCUCUUCUGCUUUCUCGCAACCGGCUCGUGAAUUCAUUGUCAAAAUUGUGGAGAUGUCAUCGUGGAGUUCAGACUUCCUGCUCGGGCAUAUUCUGAUGAUUAUCAUGACGCCUCCUACGCUCAUCCCCUUCAUUGACAAGCUCCAUUCUAUGAUGAUGUUCUGGUUGCGUCCUUCCAAACAAAUUCGCCCUCCAUUGUUCUCCACCAAACAGAAGCGUCAACGUCGAUGGAUUGUGUUCAAGUAUACCAUCGUCUACGUCUUCAUGGUUGCUGUAUUAGCUGCCUUGAUCGUUUUGCCUGCCCUUUUCAGGGAUCACAUCACCUUUACUUGCACUGUAUGCCGGAACAUUUAAUGACAGCAUGCGUUUGGACGGGUCUGAACAUUCUCGUACAUAUAGCUUUCGUUCUACAUUCACUUUCCGUCCAUUCAUUGUAUAUCCAUCUACACUCUGCCGGUUCGCUCUGACAGUUUCUUGUAAUAUCAUAGUAGAUCUAUCGCAGUUUAGUCUUUUCAUCUCAACAAGUUCACCACGAAAGGUGCAGAUUUCGCUCCGAUGUACAGUGCAAGAUAGCAAUUGGUUGCGGAACACAAAUGCAAUUAAAUAUGAUGUACGUUG